CUUCUGUGAUAGCAGCAUGCAUCGGCUUUCAAUAGUUAGCCCUGAUAUCACGGCCACACAGCUGUCCCAGCUUAAAAAAAGCAUUUUAUUGGUUGGCAGUUGUGGCAACGCCUACUCAAAUAACAACAGCACUGAUUGUUAGAACGGCAGUUUUCGUGUGUCGAUGCGUUACUUCGAGUGGAUACAUUCCCGGCAGGGUAAUGUUAAUCGCAUUACGAUUUCGAUAACGAACAGCAGCACCUAAGUGCUAACGUAACUCGCGAUAAGUAGACCACUUUUGGUAGCCCAUCACGAAUUCUAUAGGUACCGGUAGAUUCCUUCACCUCAAGGAUGUCUGUUUUACUGCGACAGUCAUUGUCCCGUUUAACUCCGUUGUCAGCUGUGAGCUGUACGCACCUUCAGCAGCUGCACUCUCAGCAGCCAAGUGUGGACCUGUGCACAUUAACUAAAACCUCUGCAGAACAGCAAGGUCGUCUUCCAGUGGUACCUGUUUUCAGGCAAGCACUGUCUUUCCCUGCUGAAUCAAUCGCUCUGAGGGAUGCCUACGGAGAGUACACAUACCGUGGAUUAUUCCUCAGUAGCCGACAGUUAGCUGAUCAGCUUACAGACUCAUUUGCCGGAAGACGUGGUGAACGAGUUGCAUUCCUGGCUGGCAAUGAAGCAACUUAUCUUAUUAUUCAGUGGGCAUGUUGGAUGAGUGGUCAAACAGCUGUUCCUCUGAGCAGUGUGCACCCUCCACAACUGUUGGAAUACUUCAUCUCUGACAGUGAUGCAGGAGUAGUUGUUGCAACAACUGAACAUGCUGAUACUCUACGGAAAGCCGCUGGAGACAAGCGCAAAUUUAUUGUCCUUGACUCGACACUACGCACUCUUUCAUCCAGGAAAGCAGAUCAGUUGGGAAGUGAGAAUGUAACCCUACCUGAGGAAGCCCAUGAACUUAAAGGAGGUGGACAAGAACCAGAGUUUUAUGAUGACAAUGAUGCACUUUUCAUCUACACGUCUGGAACAACAGGACCUCCAAAAGGAGUUGUGUUGACUUACCGCAACCUGGAUGCACAGGCACAGUCACUAAUAAAGGCAUGGGAGUGGGCAUCUAAAGACAGCAUUCUGCAUACACUACCUUUACAUCACAUGCAUGGUGUUGUCAAUGCCCUGCUUUGCCCACUCCUAGUUGGUGCCAGAGUUGUUAUGCUACCAAAAUUUGAUGCUCCAACUGUAUGGGCGAAGCUUCUAGCAUUAAAUACAGUGGCUGCAGAAAGAGUCAACAUUUUCAUGGGUGUGCCAACUAUGUAUGUCAAGCUAAUUCAGGAGUAUGACCAUGCAUUUGGCAAUAAUGAACGCAUGAAAGAGUACAUUCAUUCUGUUUGCUCCCAAAAGAUAAGGUUAAUGGUGAGUGGUUCAGCACCAUUGCCAGCACCUAUAAUGGAACGUUGGGAAGAAAUAACUGGCCAUCGUCUUCUGGAACGAUAUGGAAUGAGUGAGACAGGCAUGAUCCUAUCAAACCCCCUUCAUGGAGAAAGAAAGCCUGGAUCUGUUGGACACCCACUUCCUGGUGUCACUGUACGGCUAAGUGAUAGUGGUGAAGUGCAGGUGAAAGGGGACAAUGUUUUUUCCAGAUACUGGAACAGGCCACAAGCCACAGCAAAAGAAUUCACAGAGGAUGGAUGGUUCAAGACAGGUGACACAGCUGUUAUAGAGGAUGGUUACUACAGACUGCUCGGUCGGACAUCAGUUGAUGUCAUUAAGACUGGUGGAUAUAAGGUGGGUGCGGUUGACAUAGAAGCCAAGCUGUUGGCGCAUCCAGCAUUGGCAGAUGUUGCUGUACUUGGUGUUGAGGACCCCACCUGGGGACAAAGGGUUGUUGCUGUUGUGGUCCCAGAAGAAAAUAAGACUGUACCAACAUUAGCAGAGCUACGUGAGUGGGCAAAAGGACAUAUGGCACCUUAUGCUAUUCCUACCCAAUUAAAAGUGAUAGAACAGCUGCCACGCAAUGCCAUGGGCAAGGUCAAUAAGAAAGAUCUUAUCAAGCAGCUGUUUCCUUCCAAAAGUACUGGAACAGCAGCGGCUGCUAAAUAGGAAUAUAUGACAGUAAAAAAUAUUGUCUGCUGAAACAAUGCACACAGAAGACUGAAAUGCUGAAGAAGUACAUAGGAAUUACAAAUUAGCAAAAAAGUGUUUUUGGGAAUAAUAAAACAGUGUACAGUAGUCUUUAAAUAAAACCUUUGAAGUAAGAAAAUUGAAAUAUUUUGAAGGAAGCUUAUAUAUGAUAGUGACUAAAACACAUGGAAUUAAAAGUUUACUAAAGAUGCAUUUCAUCAUAUUGGUGUGCCUUUCAGAAAAUUAUUUUUAUGAGCUGUUGGAAGACAUACAAAUCUUAUAUAGACCAUAAUGCCAGUUUGUUGAGAAAUUCAAACCAUAAUGCCAGUUUGUUGAGAAAUUCAAAUUACACCAUUGUUACACAGGUACAGAUAGGUUGUAAUCAAAAAAUUAGAGGUUAUGAUACUGUCAUUUUGCAAAUUUAUUUAUUCGUACAUGUGCUUUCUGGUAUGCCAAAAAGUCUUGUUUAUGGUGAAAUUUGAAAAGUUUUGUUGGUAACUGAUUAAUCGUAUGUUUUUAUGCAGUUUGCUAGGGCCAAAGUAUCAGUGAUGUACAAGACCAAUUAAGCUAUGCUGCACAUAACUUUAACAAGAUGCAAAAUUUUGCUGUACUGAAGGAAUUUAACAUAAAUUAAUACUGCUCAGGGAAAGUAGAGAUUAAAGUAGAAAAGUAGGUUGUUGUUACUUUGAGAUUGCUUUAACAACUUUCUAAUGUUUAUUUAUUAUGGUACCAUGAUUUAAUAUGUCACUAUAGUCUUAAUUAAUGGCUUUAAAAAUGUUAUAAUUCCAUAUUUUAAAGACUGAAAAUAUGUAAGCAUUGGAUGUGAGAUGUGAAUACGUAAGCCUGAAGGAAACGUUGUUUCAUAGUGAUUUUUAUGGAACAUCAUUGUGUAUGUUUUGUGGUGUGGCUAAUGUCCUAAUGUAGCAUUUUUUCCCCAAUGUUAAACUUCCUUUUUCUUUUCUUUCUACUUUUUUCUUCAACUUUCAUUAAUUGUUGGUCAUAUUAGUGCAAGUAAUACAGUAUGUGGGGGAUAUUAUUACUUACUAUAGGUGGUAUUCAUUUGUUCCAGUUCAUUACUAUUAAUAUUAGUGCUUUAGUUAUGAUAAAUGGAAGCCAUUAGUGGGAUAUAAAUUAUGUUUUAGAGAGCAGACUAAAACAUACCUAUAAGAUGAAAGUUUUUUAAAGUAGAGAGAAAUGUGUGGGACAAACACAUAUGAGAUGUAAAGAGGAACAUGUGUAGAAUGAAAAACACACACACACACAUUUUUGUGGAACAAUCUAACACUUGGUACUUCACCUUAAAGGUGUGUUUAUUAAUUGUUAAUUAUCCAAUUAUCUAUUAUUUACAUCCCUCUGCUGCCCAUUUUAAUGUGCUUUACAUAUUUUAUUGUGUUAAAAAUCAUUUAUGUUAACUUAUUCUGCCAAAAUAAACAUUGCACUUUUGAAAAAUGCUCCAAUGUAGCAGACAGUUUUUCUAUGUGUGUUCUCUUUUCAUUCAUAUCACAACUUACAUUGGAUUUUAAAUUAUGAGCUUCAAAUGUCUUACAAAGACGUAUGUGGUGUGCUCUGUGUACAUAGGUUUUUGCACAGUACUCUGACACAAAACAGAGAGAAAGCAACUGUCCUUUUGGUGAGAGUGGAUUCUUGUUGACUUUUCCCAGUGUAAAGUGCUAAUAAGAAUAUUAUAAGUCAACAUUCCAUUCUGGUUAGAGUAAUUUGUUUGUGUGCAGUUUCUUAUAUGUCUCUUCUAUCAAGUUGUCUCCAUGACAUCUAUAUCUUCCCAUGACUUUUCUCAGAACUUGAAAGGUACUUCUCAUUUGCUGUUUUUUGGUGCUUUAAAUUAGAAUGAGAGUUUCCUUUGUAGAUGUCGAGCACCUUUGAAAAUUCUUGUUUAUAUACAUUAUGGCAUCUUAACAUCCAGAAGCUUCCAUCAAAUAUAUCAGAACCUUAAAAGUAAUUUUAUCUAUAUUGCAGGAACUUUUAGGCUGAAAACUAACUCUUGAGUAGGGCUUGUCCCCCUCCCCCCAUAAAAGUUUUCUUUUUUACAAAAAUGAUAAGGAGCAUUAUUCAAAACAGUGUAUGUAACUCCUCAAGUGAUGAGUGUCUGUAUUCUUGGUUCCUGCAUGUCAUGUCACAUUCUGGAUCCUACAUGUCUGACACAUUGUUUGUAUUGUUCCAAUAUUUUUAAUACAUUUCUUCUUAUUCCCCAGGUGUUUCUGAGAAAUUUGUCUGAACCAUUCGUCAUUAAAAAAUAAAAAUUUAAAAAAAAAUGUUGAACUUUCCUAUGUUGAAGCUAGUUGAAUCACAUUGUCAGUGAAACAGUGACCAAUACAAUACUGAAAAAUGUAUGUUUUAGUCUAAAGGCACAAUUUAUUUAUUUUGCCUAGUGACUAACAGUUUUGGUUCACAGUGCCAUUCUCAGGCCAUCCUCUAAGACGCAGUCGUCACAUUCACUUCCCAAGUGGGUGUGUCAGUUACUUAUUUGACACACCUAAUUGGAAAGCGAGCAUGAUGACUGCAUGUCAGGGGCUGGCCUGAGGAUGGUACUGUGUACUGAAAUGGGUUGCCAGCAGGCAAAAUAAAUAAAUAAUUUGUCAUUAUAGACUAAAACAUAUUUUCUUUUUAGUACACCCUUUAUCUAUCAACACAUUUUAUUUCAAUAUUGUAAAAGCAGUAUUGUAAUAUCCUGCCACAGAGAAGAGUAUGCAUUUAUUUGUUUGUAUGCAAGUAAUGUGUACACACAGCCUCUAAGAGUGGAAUUAACAAACUGGUCAAAAUAAUUUACCAACAGAUAUGUUUGAUGCAUUCUGUGCAAUAGUCAUACAUAAUUGUUAAGUUUAAAUGUCACUCAGAGUGAUAACAACCAACUGAAUUAAAUCGCCACAAAAAUUUAUUUCCUGUGGAAUAUGGUCAUAAUUUCUAUGUGUGACUUAAAAUUUUUGUUGAGAUAAAUUGUACUUAAGAAAAAUAACUCCUGCCUCUGCGAGCAAAAUACAUUUGGAACCAUGGAGACAGAUUGUUUGCAAAUAGUUCGUCUACAAAGUCUAUAUCCUCUCAUUUUAUGGAAUUGUAGAUGUAUAUUAUAUUGAGUACACUAAAACAAAUCGGGCCUCUUAGAUACUGAAUUGGUCAAUUUCUUUUUGCAAUGGCAAAAAGAGAAAUUGAUUGUUGUCAAGACUGGACAACUGAGGUGCAACAAGUUGCAAUUCAAGUGCGAACCAAUGUGUUUACAUAAGCAUGCUAGUUUGAUAUUUUGUUCUGGCUUGUUCUGUGCUGUGAUAUGUUAAGUAACAGGGGGAAAAGGAAUGAUCAGAAUAGAUGCUAAUACUUCUGCCCUACAUUUAUCCUAGCAGCUAUGUACAGAGUUGCUCGUAAUAGUGUUGCCAAAGGAAAUGGGUAUGCCUUAGCAAACAUUAAUGAUUGUUCAGCCUAAUGGGCCGUGUGUACACACAAUUCGUAGUUGCUGAAGUAUUGCUGCCUAUGAACUUAUGGCAGUUGACUGAAUCCAGAAGGCAACUAUGGCUUUAGUUCCCUCCAGUACUGACUUCAUGUGACAUGAGUUAUAGAUAAUUAUUCAUAUUUCUUGAUUCACCUUUACUGAGACUUUAUUUUAUAUAAUAAAAAUAUGAUUUCUGAAUGUUGCUUGAAAAUCCAUUGGGUAAUUCAGUAUGAAAGUUCUAUUAUAUUUUAUGCAUAAAAAAGACACUAAUUCAGAUGUUGGUAAUCAAAAUCUGCAGUAAAUUUGACAGAAUUUUGAUUUGAUGUUGAAUGGAAUAAAAUUGAAAUGUACUGUAUGUUUUUAGAAAUAAACUGGCACCUGUUCAAAGUUUUA